GUGCAGUUGGGCGCCUCCGCAGCGGCAGCAGCAGCAGCGGCGGCGGCGGCAGCAGCGCGGCGGCGGGAGGGGGGUGCUGCUCCCGCUCCGCGCUCUGGGUCCCUGUCUGCGGGCGGCGGCGGGGGAUGGAGCCGGAGCUCUCCGCCUUCGGCCGCUCAGAAAAUAGCACCAUUGUCUCUGUGUCCUGCAGCCGUCAAGACUUUAAGAGGACUGAUUUCUAGUCUUUGGUAACAUGGCAAAAGAUGCUGGACUAAUUGAAGCCAAUGGAGAGCUUAAGGUGUUUAUAGACCAAAACCUAAGUCCUGGAAAAGGGGUUGUUUCUCUAUUGGCUGUUCAUCCUUCUACAGUAAAUACGCUUGGAAAACAGCUCCUGCCAAAAACAUUCGGACAGUCUAAUGUCAACAUUGCACAACAAGUGGUUAUUGGUACACCUCAGAGACCUUCAGCGCCAAAUACUAUCCUGGUAGGAAGUCCACAUACGCCUAACACACAUUUUGUAUCACAGAACCAGACUGGCGAUUCUUCACCGUGGUCUGCUGGGAAGCGGAACAAAAAAGGAGAGAAGAAUGGCAAGGGUUUACGUCAUUUCUCUAUGAAGGUUUGUGAGAAGGUACAAAGAAAAGGAACUACCUCAUACAAUGAGGUGGCAGACGAGUUGGUUGCAGAAUUCAGUACCACUGAUAAUCACAUUUCACCAAAUGAAUCACAGGCUUAUGACCAGAAGAAUAUUAGACGACGUGUCUAUGAUGCCUUAAAUGUCCUUAUGGCCAUGAACAUAAUCUCUAAGGAGAAGAAGGAAAUCAAAUGGAUUGGUCUACCUACUAACUCGGCUCAGGAAUGUCAGAAUUUAGAGGUGGAGAAACAGAGAAGACUGGAGAGAAUAAAGCAAAAACAGUCCCAGCUACAAGAACUCAUUCUACAGCAAAUUGCCUUCAAGAACCUUGUUCAGCGAAACCGUCAAGCAGAACAACAGGCAAAUCGACCACCACCUUCCAACUCUGUCAUCCAUUUGCCAUUUAUCAUUGUGAACACCAGCAAGAAGACAGUGAUUGACUGCAGUAUUUCAAAUGACAAAUUUGAGUAUCUAUUUAAUUUUGACAAUACUUUUGAAAUUCAUGAUGAUAUAGAAGUACUAAAACGAAUGGGAAUGGCUUGUGGGCUAGAAUCUGGAAGCUGUUCAGCAGAGGACCUAAAAAUUGCAAGGAGUUUGGUUCCUAAAGCUCUGGAACCAUAUGUGACAGAAAUGGCUCAGGGAUCAAUCAGCAGUGUAUAUGUCACAUCUUCAUCAGGUUCUGCAUCAAAUGGCACAAGAUUUUCAGCCAGUGACUUUUCCAAUGGUGGAGACGGGAUGUUGGCUACAAGUUCCAACGGAUCUCAGUACAGUGGCUCCAGAGUUGAAACACCAGUUUCUUAUGUUGGGGAUGAUGAUGACGACGACGACGAUUUUAAUGAAAAUGAUGAUGACGACUGAUGCCCUUUGCUUGUAGACUAUUUUUUGUUAAAAUUCAGCAAGCUUCAGGAAUAAAUUGUUCUAGGGAGAAGUGUCUCAAAUAACUUUGCCCCAUCCCUCAAGGAGAAUAUUGGUAAGCAGUUCUAAGUUUAGAAAUUGCACCUCUGAUAAGCAAACAAGGAUUGUUUUAUGUAGGAUAUUUUUAAAUGUGGUGUGGAUGUGUGUUUUUGAUACCAGUGUGUUAAUGCAGAGCCUUUAUUUACUCUUGUUUUAGGGGGUUUUGGUUUGUUGGUUGUUUCUUGUUUGUUUUGGGUUUGCUUUUCUUUUUUUUACUUGAAGGAAAACGGAUUUUGCCCCAAAUGUUCUUGCGAAGUUUGCUAAAGAAAAUGUAGACACAUCAUUGAGAAAUAAAAUGCUAUCCUUCUGUGGAAAAUGAAUACACUGAAUGGCAAUUUAUUUGGAGUAUAUUUUGAUGAUGCCACUUUUGGAGGAAUAGUGAGCUAAUGUAGUAGUGUUUUUUGUUAAUCGCGCAGUGUCCAAAGAACCAAACAAGAAAGAUACGUCCUACUUUUUUACAUGUUAAAUUCCAGAAAUGUUGUUGUGAACUUUUUUUCCCUUAAAUUAUAUCUAACAUGAUGAUUCCAUCAAGUUUAUAUGCUUUUCACUGUAUGUUGGGACAUAUGAGUAACAAAGUUUUUGGCAAAUGUUUACUGCCAGUUGGUGCAGCUAUAUAAAAUGUCUUGAAGGUUUGGAAUGAUUUAUUGCUUAUGGUGAAAUUUGCCUGAUUUCUUACAGGCAGACUUUGGAAACUUUUUAUUAUAUAGUUGUUUACAUACUUAUAAGUCUAUCAUAUAAAGACAUGUACUGAAACAAAUGUUUGUAUUUGUUUCAUAAGCAUCUUCCUGUAAUCUAUUAUAAAGUUGAAAUUAAAUAUAGAGAAUGUUUUAAGUUUUUUAACUCAAAA